UGACAUUUCUUGUUUUCAUCAAAUGAGCAAGGAGGUUGUUAUUUCGUUGGCAAAUUACUUUUAACACAUUUUUUUAUUUUCACAAAAAAUAAUGGACCAUUUUCAAGAGAAAGAAGUUAUUCAAGCAAUUUUAAUUGCCGACAAUAACGUUGAUAAUUUCCGACCACUUACCGAUAAUACAUCUACUGCUCUUCUGCCACUGGUCAAUGUUCCUUUGCUCGACUAUGCAUUGGAAUCACUCAACCAUAGCGGUAUUGAGGAAGUUUUUGUUUUUUCUAGCUAUUUUCUCAACGAUGUCAGGGAGCACAUCAAAAAAGGAAUUGCAUCAUGCUCUUCGUGGUCAGUUGGCAUGACUGUGCGAGUGAUUGGUGGAGAAUCAUGUCGUUCAUUUGGUGAUGCUAUGAGAGACUUGGAUGCUAAAGGAUUAAUACGUGGAAGUUUUGUCAUAAUGGGUGCCGAUACUGUAACAAAUGCAAAUUUAAGGCCAAUUUUCGAUCAACACAAAAAAACAUUAAAAUACGAUAAAGGAGCAGCUGCAACAGUUAUCUUCAAAGAAGCCUCAUCUGUUUGUCGAACUGGCAAUGAAAUAAUGAUUGCCAUGGAUCAACAAAACAAUCGACUUCACUACCAUCAACGUAUAAAAAUGAAUUCCAAAGAAUCACACUUUGGCAUUCCAUUGGAAAUAUUCCUAGCAAACUCUCAAAUAUCAUUGCAUCAUAACUUAAUUGAUCCACAAAUAGCAAUUGGUUCACCAACCAUGCUCUCACUAUUUAGUGAUAAUUUUGAUUUCGAAACUCGAGAUGAUUUUAUCAAAGGUAUUCUUAUCAACGAAGAGCUCUUGGAUUGUCGUAUCUAUGUCUCAAUGCUGCCAAAUGAACAAUACGCUCGUAAGGUUAACAAUUGGCUGGUAUAUCAAAUUGUUAGCAAUGAUGUUAUCAAUCGGUGGGCCUAUCCACUUGUACCUGAUAUGGGCGUAUGUUGUUUGUGGCAGAAUUAUAUAUUCCUGAAGAAUAACAUUUAUAAAAGUCCAACGGCCAGCUUGGCUAAAGUUAUAUUACGAGAAAAUGUGGUUGUCCAAGGGAAUACUGUGAUUGGAGCUGGAUCAGUUUUGCUUUCGAGUGUAGUCGGUUCGAAUUGUCGAAUUGGAAAAGAUUGUAAACUAACUAAUGCAUUUGUGAUGGAUAAUGCAGUGAUUGAAGAUGGAUGUGUACUGAGUUUUUGUGUUGUGGGACCUGGAGCCAAAAUCGGAGCUAAAUCAUCAAUUAUCCUGGGUUCAGUGGUUGGCGAUGGUUGUGUUAUUCCACAAAAGUCGAAUAUAGAAAAAGUUCUUGUUAAAAAAUCUCCUGCGGAAAAUGAUGAAACAGAAAAAAUCGGUGAAAAAGCCUACAUCCUCCAAAACGACACAGAAGAACUCUACGCAUCCGAUUCCGAAGAUGAAUUACCAAUGGAAUCUACAAAAACUGAAAUUCCAAAAAUGAUGAAACUAUCACAUCUCAUAAAUGCAGACGAAAGCGAUUACAAUUCAACAACCAGUGACGAAGAUGAUGAUUCACACCAAGGCUCUCCAAUACCUGAUGAUGCAAAUAUAUUUUUAUCCGAAGUCUUGGACUCUUUGGCACGUGGAAUUCAAGUCAAAUCCAAUCCGGAUUUCUUGAUUCUUGAAAUCAACUCAUCUCGCUAUGCCUACAAUAUGUCUUUAAAGGAAGUAAAUUUCAAUGUUGUCAAAGCGGUAUUCAGUUUAGAUCCAAUUAAAGAGGCAACAACAACAAAUGUCUUGAGUGCCAUCAAUCAGGUAUUGAGUCGCUUGGGUAUGGUUGUUUCAAAUUAUAUAAAAAGCGAUGAUUCGAUGUUGGAUUGUUUGAAGGCAAUUCAGGAAUGCUGUGAAGAACAACCAGCUCUGAGAGCCAAGGUUGCCCAGAUUAUACAUUAUCUGUAUGAUAAGGAAUUUGUUUCUGAAGAAGCUAUUCGCAUGUGGCACAAUGAGUUGGAUGAUGAUUCAGAGUGGUUGAAAGCACCAUUGCAGAAACUGAUAGAAUGGCUAGAUCAAUCCAGUGAAGGCAGCAGUGAAGAAGAAGACGACGAUUGAAUACUUUCUUCCUUUCUUCCUAACUUAAUGAUUCUUUAAUAAAAAAAACUGCCUAUUUGGGGAUAGAAAAAAAAAUAUGUUUAAUUCAAUAGAAAAUUUGAAUAUACAACAAAAGUAAAAUUAAA